AUGGCGGCCGCCGCUGCUCAAGCUAGGCCCUUCUUGCUUGUCGUGCUCGUCGCCACGGCGUCGCUAUUGCCGUGGCUCGCCGGGACAUCCACAGAAGCAGCAGCUGCCGACCGUGGUGUUACGCUACGCGUCGACCCGCGCCAGGUGGUCGUGGACAAUGGCGCGGUGCAGGUGGCGCUGUCGGCGCCGGAGGGCCGGAUCACCGGCGUCAGCUACAGCGGCGAGCCCAACCUGCUGGAGUACGACGCCGGCGACGGAGACUACGGAGGGUACUGGGAUUCAGUGUGGAACUAUCCCGGCUCUGGUCUCCCAGGACUGUACAACACGUUGGAUAGUACAGAGUUCAACGUAGUAUCCUCAAGUGAAGAUCAAGUGGAGCUUUCUUUCAGGAGUACAUAUAACCCAUCACAUCAAAAUAGCAUUCGGCUAAACAUCGACAAGAGGCUUGUGAUGCUCAGAGGUAGCUCUGGGUUCUACUGCUAUGCCAUCUUUGAGCAUGACAGGGCCUACCCUGCUCUCAACAUCACCGAGGCUCGGCUCGUCUUCAAGCUUAACACGGCAAAGUUCAAUUACAUGGCUAUUACAGACGACAUACAGAGGUACAUGCCCAGUGCGGUGGACAGAGAAGAACCUCGUGCUGUCCCGCUGGCUUACAAGGAGGCUGUUCUGCUGGUUGACCCCAAGGAACCCCAGUUCCGAGGAGAGGUGGAUGACAAGUACCAGUACUCGCUGGAUAACGAGGACAACGUUGUUCAUGGAUGGAUUAGCGACAGCGAUCCGAACCCCAUGGGUUUCUGGGUCAUCACUCCCAGCAACGAGUUCAAGAGCGGCGGCCCUCUCAAGCGGGAGCUCACCUCCCACGUCGGCCCAACAUCCCUCACCAUGUUUAUGGGGACGCAUUAUGUCGGGAAGUACAUGUUGGCCAACAUCGACGACGGCGAGGAGUGGAAGAAGGUCCUCGGCCCGGUGUGCGUCUACCUCAACUCAGGUCCCAGCAGAGGCGACCUCUGGGAGGACGCCAAGGCGCAGGCGGAGGCCGAGGCGAGGAACUGGCCCUACAGCUUCCUGGCGUCACCGGACUUCCCCAAGUCAGCCGAGAGAGGGUCCGUUGCAGGGAGGCUGUUGGUCAGGGACAGGCACCUGAACAAGAAGCACGACAUGCCUGCGGGGACGGCGGCCUACGUCGGCCUGGCCUCGCCCGGCCAGCCGGGCUCCUGGGCGACGGAGAGCAAGGACUACCAGUUCUGGACGAGGGCCGCGUCCGACGGCACGUUCACCAUCGCCAACGUCAGGGAAGGAGUGUACCAUCUGUACGCGUUCGUUCCGGGGGUUCUUGGAGACUACGGCCGCUACGGAUCGCCGCUGACCAUAGCGCCUGGUCGUGCCGUCGCCGUCGGUGACCUUGUGUUCGAGCCCCCGAGGUCCGGCCCGAUGGUUUGGGAGAUUGGCGUCCCCGACCGGACGGCGGCCGAGUUCUACGUCCCGGACCCGGACCCCAUGUACGUCAACAGGCUGUUUGUGGACAGAGACAGGUACCGGCAGUACGGUCUGUGGGAGAGGUACGCCAACUUGUACCCGGACAAGGAUCUCGUCUUCACGGUCGGUGAAAGCAACGAGUCCAAGGACUGGUUCUUUGCUCACCUCACAAGAAAGGUUGGCCAGGAAGCCGUGCCAACAACAUGGCAGAUACGGUUCAGUCUGGACAGCGUCGUGGCAGACGGCGACUACACGCUGCGGAUCGCCAUUGCAGCUUCUGAAAUGUGCAGAUUGCAGGUGCAAGUGAACGGGGAUGCGAGGAGAGGCGGGGUGUUUACGACGCCCGACAUGGGGGACGACAACGCGAUCACGCGCCGCGGGAUACACGGCAUGCAGCGGAGCCUCGAGUUCGCGGUCGGUGGCCACCUGCUGCGCCAAGGCGACAACACCAUUGGCCUAAAACUCAUGCCACAGCAAGGACCGGAAGGUCCGGCCAUGGUGGCCGGGGUCAUGUAUGACUACAUCCGCCUAGAAGGGCCGCCGUCCAGCGGCGCUGCCUCACGCGGCGUUCCAACGGCGUUCCUUGACGGAUUUUGGCCGUUGUUUCUCGGUUGUUAUCUAAUAUUUUACAUUUGA